AACUGUGAUGGGAAUGAAGAUUCAUUAGACCAAUGUCCCCAUAAUAGUUGGGGAUCAAAUUCUUGUUCACAUGGUGAUGACGCGUCUGUAGAGUGUCUAUCAACAGUUCGUAUAGUAGACGGAAAUGAUAUAAAUGAAGGAAGGGUGGAAAUAUAUCACGAAGGAAUAUGGGGAACAAUUUGCGAUGAUUCCUGGGGUAUUAACGAUGCAAAAGUUGUCUGUAGAAUGCUAGGAUAUCCUGGUGCAACGUCAGCUCCUGUGGAGGCCCACCAUGGGGAAGGGCUUGGUCAAAUAUGGCUAAGAAGCGUCGCUUGCUCAGGGGGUGAACAAAGAUUGGAAGAUUGUAAUCACGGUUCCUGGGGGUCACAUUAUUGCACCCAUGCUGAAGAUGCCUCGGUACAUUGUCUUCAUACAGUUCGGCUAGUCAACAGUGGCGUAGCUCACAAAGGAAGAGUCGAGAUAUUUCAUGAUGGUUUAUGGGGAACUAUAUGUGGUUAUUACUAUUGGGGCAUAAAUAAUGCAAAGGUUGUUUGUAAAAUGCUUGGCUUUCCAGACGUUCUAUCAGCACCCACGUCAUCAUUUUAUGGGCCAGGUACUGGUAAGAUUUGGCUUUAUGCUGUCCAGUGCACUGGAUAUGAAGCCACUUUAGAAGACUGCUACAACAAUGGUUGGGGAGACGUUAGUUCAUGCAAUCAUGGAUAUGAUGCCUCCGUUGAAUGUAUUUCAACUGUUCGUAUAGUAAGCGGCAAUGGAAUAAAUGAAGGAAGUGUAGAAAUAUACCACGGAGGAAUAUGGGGAACAAUAUGCGAUGAUGGUUGGGAUAUUAAAGACGCGGAAGUUGUGUGUAGAAUGAUGGGAUUUCCCGAAGCAAAGUCUGCUCCUGUUCGAGCUUAUUAUGGGAAAGGGAUUGGUCAAAUAUGGCUGAGUAGCGUCUCUUGCUCAGGGGAUGAACAAAGGUUGGAAAAUUGCAAUCACGGUUCUUGGGGAUCACAUCAUUGCAGCCAUGAUGAAGAUGCUUCCGUGCAUUGUCUUCCUACAGUUCGCUUAGCUGACGGUCAACUCAACAAAGGCCGCGUAGAAAUAUUUCACGCGGGUGCAUGGGGAACAAUAUGUGAUUUUAGUUGGGAUAUAGAAGAUGCAAGAGUUGUUUGUAGGACGCUUAAGUUUCCAGGAGUUAUAUCUGCACUAAAAAACGCGUAUUAUGGAGAGGGCACGGGUCAAAUUUGGUUAAACAAUGUCAACUGUGAUGGGAAUGAAGAUUCAUUAGACCAAUGUCUACAUAAUAGUUGGGGAUCACAUUCUUGUUCACAUGGUGAUGACGCGGCUGUAGAGUGUCUAUCAACAGUUCGUAUAGUAGACGGAAAUGUUAUAAAUGAAGGAAGGGUGGAAAUAUAUCACGAAGGAAUAUGGGGAACAAUUUGCGAUGAUUCCUGGGGUAUUAACGAUGCAAAAGUUGUCUGUAUAAUGCUAGGAUUUCCUGGUGCAACGUCAGCUCCUGUGGAGGCCCACCAUGGGAUAGGGCUUGGUCAAGUAUGGCUAAGUAGCGUCUCUUGCUCAGGGGGUGAAAAAAGAUUGGAAGAUUGUAAUCACGGUUCCUGGGGGUCACAUCAUUGCACUCAUGCUAAAGAUGCCUCGGUACAUUGUCUUCCUACAGUUCGGCUAGUCAACAGUGGCGUAGCUCACAAAGGAAGAGUCGAGAUAUUUCAUGAUGGUUUAUGGGGAACUAUAUGUGGCUAUUACUAUUGGGACAUAAAUAAUGCGAAGGUUGUUUGUAAAAUGCUUGGCUUUCCUGACGUUCUAUCAGCACCCACGUCAUCAUUUUACGGACCAGGUACUGGCAAGAUUUGGCUUUAUGCUGUCCAGUGCACUGGAUAUGAAGCCACUUUAGAAGACUGCUACAACAAUGGUUGGGGAGACGUUAGUUCAUGCAAUCAUGGAUAUGAUGCAUCCGUUGAAUGUAUUUCAACUGUUCGUAUAGUAAGCGGCAAUGGAAUAAAUGAAGGAAGAGUAGAAAUAUAUCACGAAAAAGUAUGGGGUACAAUAUGCGAUGAUUCUUGGGAUAUAAAAGACGCCGAAGUUGUUUGUAGAAUGAUGGGAUUUCCGGAAGCAAAGUCUGCUCCUGUUCGAGCUUAUUAUGGGAAAGGGGUUGGUCAAAUAUGGCUGAGUAGCGUCUCUUGCACAGGGGAUGAACAAAGGUUGGAAGAUUGCAAUCACGGUUCUUGGGGAUCACAUCAUUGUAGCCAUGAGGAAGAUGCCUCCGUGCAUUGUCUUCUAACAGAUAUAAAACCCGGAAACUUUUGGAUCCUUGGAAUUGAAUUGGGAAUUAUGCUGAUCUUGUUGUUAAUUCCCAUGUGCAUGUAUAGAGGUUCAUUACAGAAAUUGCUCAAGGAUAUUGUUGAAACUACUCGUGAUGGUUUGAUAUUUUUGCCUAUGCUACCAUACAGAACUUAUAAAGCUUGCUGUAAAAAAGACGAUAAUCGAGUCACUUCGAUUCCUGCGCAACCACGACAGCUGACACGUGCAUCCACGGCAUCAGAAAUAAACAUUGACCAUGUGUAUUAUAUCCAACCAAGUCGAGAACCGGUAGCAUCCUCAGCUCCACCUGUAACAAACAAUACUCAGGAAAUUUCAGAAGACAGACUUUGUGUUAUCUGUCUAUCAGAAGAAAAGAAUGUUUUCUUUGGGCCUUGUGGUCACGUGUGUUGUUGUAAUGACUGCGGAAUGAGGAGUGAUGUAACAGAUUGUCCGGUUUGCAGAAACAGAAUUGAACAACGACAAAGAACAUUUUUAUAAAAGCAGAGUACAAAAACACAGAGACAUUUUACUUAACAUCAUAACAGAAAUUCUAUGCCUUGUGUUAUG